AUGGUUCUAGGUCAAGAAAAUCCGAGCAUAUUUAACGUUAUGAACAACCUGGCCCUAAUGCUCGAUAGGCAGAGGAAAUACGAAGAGGCAGAGGAGAUGUGCCGGACAACAUUAAAGCUUAGUGAAAAGGUGCUGGGUCAAGAAAAUCCGGACACACUUAUCAGCAUUAAUAACCUAGCCCUAAUGCUCUAUAAGCAGGGAAAAUACGAGGAGGCAGAGCAGAUGCUUCGGACAACGCUGGCGCUUAGAGAAAAGAGCGUGCACCCCUGGAUAAAUUAA